AUGUACAUUGAUGUCCAGGCUUGGAUUCAACUACAGUGGACUGACACCAGACUCUCGUGGGAUCCGGAACUCUAUGGUGUCAGGGAAAUCGCAUUGUCCCAGGACCUUAUAUGGAAACCGGACAUCGUGCUCCACAACAGUGGAGACGGCGGCAUAUUGGAAUGCAAGAUGAAACUUGGAUCCUGGGUUUACAACAUCCAACAGUUCGACCUUCAGUGUGAGUCGGGUGGUGACGCGGCUGUUAUAUCCUUCUACGGACAGAACCCCACGUGGGAGAUACUCAACUCUACUGCCACACGCAAUGUACUCUACCACCAAUGCUGUCCAGAAGGAUACGCGGAUAUCACGUACACGUUCAGAUUUCGAGAGAGGCAGCAUUGA